AUGGGCGAUCUCCAGGGACGCAAGGUCUUCAAGGUCUUUAACCAGGACUUUAUUGUCGACGAGCGCUACACUGUGACAAAAGAGGUCGGACAGGGUGCCUACGGCAUCGUCUGUGCCGCUGUCAACAACCAGACCUCCGAGGGCGUUGCCAUUAAAAAAGUCACCAAUGUCUUUUCCAAGAAGAUUCUCGCCAAGCGUGCGCUGCGCGAGAUAAAGCUGCUCCAGCACUUUCGUGGCCAUCGCAACAUUACCUGCCUCUACGACAUGGACAUCCCUCGGCCGAAUGAUUUCAACGAGACAUAUCUAUACGAAGAACUCAUGGAGUGCGAUUUGGCUGCCAUUAUUCGCUCAGGACAGCCCUUGACCGAUGCACACUUUCAGUCCUUCAUCUACCAGAUUCUCUGUGGCCUCAAGUACAUCCACUCUGCCAACGUGCUACAUCGCGACCUGAAGCCCGGCAAUCUGCUCGUCAAUGCCGACUGCGAGCUCAAGAUUUGCGACUUUGGUCUUGCUCGCGGUUUUUCCGUCGACCCGCAGGAGAAUGCAGGAUACAUGACAGAAUACGUCGCCACCCGAUGGUACCGUGCACCCGAGAUUAUGCUGAGCUUCCAGAGUUACACAAAAGCUAUUGACGUGUGGUCUGUUGGCUGCAUCCUCGCCGAGCUCCUCGGUGGCCGACCCUUUUUCAAGGGCCGCGAUUACGUCGAUCAACUUAACCAGAUUCUUCACAUUCUCGGUACCCCCAACGAAGAGACGCUCUCGCGCAUCGGCUCGCCUCGCGCCCAGGAAUACGUCCGCAACCUGCCGUUCAUGCCCAAGAGGUCCUUCCCGAGCCUCUUUCCCAACGCCAAUCCUGACGCGCUGGACCUUCUCGACAAGAUGCUGGCCUUUGACCCCUCGUCGCGUAUCAGCGUCGAACAGGCCCUCGAGCACCCCUACCUGCACAUCUGGCACGACGCCUCGGACGAGCCCGACUGCCCCACAACCUUUAACUUCGACUUUGAGGUGGUCGAGGAGGUGCCGGAGAUGCGUCGCAUGAUUCUUGACGAGGUGAUGCGCUUCCGCCAGAUGGUGCGCACCGUGCCGACCUCGGGCCCCUCCCUCACGCAGAUGCAGCAGCAGCAGCAAAGCCAGGUGCCGAUGCCUCAGGGCUCACAACAGUGGACGGCGGAGGAUCCAAGGCCCCAGGAGUACAUGGGUGGCGCCAACGGUCUUGAACAGGACUUGGCCGGUGGUCUGGACGCGAGCAUGAGAUAG